AUGGAAUCUCCAGACGACGAGGACGGAUCAGCUGAUUAUAAUUAUGGAGAAUAUGGGGAUUACGGAGGUUAUGAUGAUUAUGAAGGAUAUGACGACUAUGAAGGUUACGAUGAUUAUCAAGAAUAUGGCGACGAUGGGGGAGACGACUAUGGAGGAUAUGAAUAUGAAUACUAUGGAAACGAAGAUUAUGAAUACGAUUACGGAAGCUAUGAAUAUUACGAUUACGGAGAGGAAGACGACUAUAAUGAAGGAGGAGAAGAUUAUGGAGGAUAUGACGACUACUCUGAAGAUGACAAUGGAGGAGAAUAUGAAUAUGAAUAUCGGGACAGCAGCGAUUACUAUGCAGACUAUGGCUCUUAUGAAGAUUAUGAAUACGAUUAUGGCAGCUAUGAAUAUGGAGACUACGAUUAUGGAGACUAUGAAGGAUAUGACGACUAUGAAAGUAAUGAAGACAAUGAGGAUUAUAAUGACGGAGGAGAUGAUUAUAACGAUUAUGAAGAUUCUUACGAAGGAGGAUAUGAUGAUUAUGACGAAGAAUAUGAAGAUCCUCCAGAAGAACCAAGUACAACAACUCGAACUUUUACAACGACAACGUCAACGGAAUCUCCAAGAACAACAACUUAUUUCUUCACAUCUCCAACGUCAACACCGCAUUAUGGACAAACACGAAAUCAUUAUCUAACGUCAAUGGCUCCUAUUGUCAUCACGAAUCAACCAGCGAUCAUCAAUUCAACGACAAUUAUCAAUAAUUAUCAAAAUUAUUUCGUUAUCCAGCCAGUUAUUAAUCAGACGACAGUUGUUAAUAAUUAUUACACAAAUUAUUUCGGAAUGACGUCAUUAAAUGGAUUUGGUAACUUUUUCAGUGCUCCAAUCAGUAAUAAUGGAUACUCAAGUUCGAAUGGAAAUUCACAACAAAGCUCGAUGAAUGGAUUUAAUGGAUUUUUCUCGACGCCGCAGAUUAAACCUGUGUCUCCAUUUUCAAACUUUUUCGGAAAUUCAGGAUUUUCUCAAGCAAUUUCGCCUCUGAGCAACUUUAAUGGCUUCUUUUCGACGCCUCAGCAGCAAAAACCGAAGCCUGUGAAUUCUUUUUCGCCUCUAACGAGCUUCAAUAGCUUCUUUUCAACGCCUCAGCAGCAAAAACCGACGCCCGUAAACAACGGAUUCUCAAAUUUCUUUGGAAAUUCUGGAUUUUCUUCGUCAUAUCAACCUCUGAACAACUUCAAUUCCUUCUUUUCGGUCCCGCAACAACCGCAAAAACCCGUCAACAGUGGAUUUUCAAACUUUUUCGGAUGCUCGUUAACUUCUCAGCCAACAAACAAUGCCUUCAACUCCUUCUUCAACGUUCCUUCAACCCCCAAACCGAUACCUGCCUUCAACAAUUUCUUCACAAACCCCACGCCCGCCAAACCUUCCACGAAUUUUUCAAACUUUUUCACUUCGCCAUCACGCCAACAGCCCGCAACUAACAACUUUUCAUCAUUUUUCAACAAUGCCAACAAUGUAAAUACGCACUUUUCUAAUUUCUUUUCGCCGACAAGCCCGACGCGCGGAAACGUAAAUUACUUAUCGCCAAUUUCCUUCAAUAACUUCUUUAAUAUUAACAUAAAUUACGGCGAUAAUGCCGGAAUGACGACAAUCGCGCCAACAACUAAUCACGUGACGUCGACAAAAGGCAAAAAAGUCGUCAUAAAUCUCUUCGGGAACAUUAACAAGCUCAUGGAAAAUGGAGUUUUGUUGGAAAAAAUUUCCGCUUCGGGUAAAAAUAUCACGGAUUAUAAAUCGUUGGCGGAUUUAUUCACGAUUGUUAAUAUUAAUGGAACAACUGCGUAUCAAAUUAAAUUAUAA